CCACGGCGGUGGCGGGGGAACGGGUAGUGGAACGCGCGCCGCAGACUCGGAGGCAGUGAGAGUCACAGCCUCCCGCCCCGGCACCCCCCGCGCUGCACUGUGCCAGGCCACCCACAGGGAUGUGCUGGGCCAUGGGCCGGCGGUGGGCGUGGGCCGCGCUGCUCCUGGCGGUCGCGGCUGUGCUGGCCCAGGUGCUCUGGCUCUGGCUGGGCACUCAGAGCUUCGUCUUCCAGCACGAAGAGAUCGCGCAGCUGGCUCGGCAGUACGCGGGGCUGGACCACGAGCUGGCCUUCUCUCGGCUGAUCGUGGAGCUGCGGCGGCUGCACCCGGGCCACGUGCUGCCCGACGAGGACCUGCAGUGGGUGUUCGUGAACGCGGGAGGCUGGAUGGGCGCCAUGUGCCUUCUGCACGCCUCCCUGUCCGAGUACGUGCUGCUCUUCGGCACCGCUCUGGGCUCUAGCGGCCACUCGGGGCGCUACUGGGCUGAGAUCUCGGAUACCAUCAUCUCUGGCACCUUCCACCAGUGGAGAGAGGGUACUACUAAAAGUGAGGUCUUCUACCCAGGGGAGACGGUGGUGCACGGGCCUGGUGAAGCAACAGCUGUGGAGUGGGGGCCAAACACAUGGAUGGUGGAGUAUGGCCGCGGUGUCAUCCCCUCUACCCUGGGCUUCGCACUGGCUGACACUGUCUUCAGCACCCAGGACUUCCUCACCCUCUUCUACACUCUUCGAGCCUAUGCCCGGGGCCUCCGGCUGGAACUCACCACCUACCUCUUCGGCCAGGACGCCUGACCAGCCAGGCCUGAAGGAGGACCUGUGGAUGGACAGGAGCGGGCGGGCCCGCACACAUCCACUUGCUGGAGCCCAUGUGAAAAGACAGGAACAUACCACAUGCAGAUACUGAGGUCCUGAUGUAUGAGCAGGGACAUACAUGCUUAUACAACCAGACAUAGAGAGUCAUGGGAACACAUGAGACACACAUUCAGAUACUGAAUCCUGUGUGUAUGGCAGCAUUCACACCCAUCCAGAGAGGGAGCCCCACGUAUACCAAGGGAGCCAGUCAUGUUCCAACACAUAUCCCACAAGCUCGACUCACUAACUCAGGCCUCUCCAGAGCCUCUCUGCCCCUAGUCAGGGCUCUGGAGUUAGGGGUGGGGGUGGCUAUUUCCACUGCCUGGGUCUGACCCUUUAGCCCAGCAGCCAUUGAUUAGGGGGGAUGAGGGAGAAGAGGGGCUGCCUUUGGAGGCUCCCUUCAUCUGCAGCUAUGAUGCCCUUCCCCUUCAUCUCCCAUCCUCACCAUAUGCCUUACCCCUUUUUGUUCCCCUGCUAUGCAAGUAUCCUCAUGGUCCGUCCCCUACCCUCUGGAGAACCAGGAGAAUGGAAAAUGCUGAGGUCACACCUCCCUCCAGGGUAUGAUGGGGAAGCUGGCCUCAGCCCAGGGCCCACUGCUGGGACAAGUACCUAGACAGGUGGACCCAGGUCCAAGGGGCCAUCGCUGGCCUAGAGAAAGCCUUUUCUGUGCACACACCCAUCACAGCUUCUGGACACUGCCCUUGCUGCAUUCUCUGUUCAUCUGUCUGUCUCUGUUAAUAAAGACCUGUUGAACAGUUU